AAUAGUAAAACCACGAAUUGUCCCAGUUUCUCUGUAUGAUAUACAAUGUAAUAAUUAAAAGAAGUUUCCUAGAUCCUUCGCUCUAGCAAGUUUUUCUUUCAAACACCCCCUUCCGAGUAAUUGCGUAACAGUACAGUCUUGAAUGUUUGAACUAACAUUUGACUUUUGUUAUUACAAGGGUGUUUAGGAGUGGUAGAAGUUGAUUGCAACUCCUGACCGGCACCGGCACCGGCACCGGCACCGGCACCCAUCUUCUCCUUUGUCUCUCUCUCCUACUUCAUGCACUGAUACCACUAGCCUGCGUUUGGUGUUGGAGAGAAAGAGAGAGAGGGACAUAGAUAGAUAUGGAGUCUGAUGAUGAUCAGUCACCGCAAUUAAAAGGGGUAGUCAUAAUUUCACUUCCACCACCAGAUAACCCUUCUUUAGGCAAAACCAUCACUGCUUUUACACUCACUAAUAAUGACUACCCACAAUCUCACCAAACCCCCCAAACCCAUCAAGAAGACCAGCUUCCAAUCUCACCACCACCACCAUCUCAAAACUCUCAACUCCAAUUUCCAUCAUCAAGACUCUUUCUUGGUACCCCAAGAAAGCUGUUGUCUUUUGUGUUUAUCUCUCUUAUUGCUCUUGCUAUUUACAGUUCUUUGUUUACCAAUACCUUUCAAGAAUUGAAGAGUAAUAAUAAUGAUGAUGAUGAUGAUCAAAAGCCAAAGUCUUAUGUAUUUCCUUUAUAUCACAAAUUGGGUAUUCGUGAGAUUCCACUGAAUGAUCUUGAGAAUCAUCUUAGGAGGUUUGUGUACAAGGAGAAUUUGGUGGCAUCUUUUGAUCAUUUGAAUGGACCCCAUAAAAUUAGUAAGUUAGCUUCUUCAAAUGCUGCUGCUGCAAUGGAUUCGUCCGCUAUUUUUCCUGUUAGGGGCAAUCUUUAUCCAGAUGGAUUAUAUUUCACAUAUAUGCUUAUUGGGAGUCCUCCACAACCUUACUAUCUUGAUUUUGAUACUGGAAGUGAUUUAACAUGGAUUCAGUGUGAUGCUCCUUGCACUAGCUGUGCCAAGGGUGCUAAUGCCUGGUACAAGCCAAGAAGAGGUAAUAUAGUACCUCCAAAGGAUUUGUUAUGCAUGGAAGUGCAAAGAAAUCAAAAGGCUGGAUAUUGUGAAACAUGCGACCAAUGUGACUAUGAGAUUGAAUAUGCUGAUCAUAGCUCCUCCAUGGGAGUUCUUGCUACAGACAAGCUUCUUUUAAUGGUUGCAAAUGGAUCACUGACCAAGUUAAACUUCAUUUUUGGGUGUGCAUAUGAUCAGCAAGGCCUACUUUUGAAAACUCUGGUGAAGACAGAUGGGAUACUUGGGCUAAGUAGAGCUAAAGUUAGUUUACCUUCUCAAUUGGCGAGCCAGGGUAUCAUUAACAAUGUCAUAGGUCAUUGCCUUACCACUGAUGUAGGUGGUGGUGGAUAUAUGUUUUUAGGUGAUGAUUUUGUUCCACGUUGGGGUAUGGCUUGGGUCCCCAUGCUUGACAGCCCUUCCAUGGAAUUCUAUCAUACAGAGGUUGUAAAAUUGAAUUAUGGAAGCAGCCCGCUCAGUUUAGGUGGGAUGGAGAGCAGAGUGAAGCACAUACUAUUUGACAGUGGCAGUUCCUAUACAUAUUUUCCAAAAGAAGCAUAUUCUGAAUUGGUUGCUUCUCUUAAUGAAGUUUCUGGGGCAGGACUUGUCCAAAGUACAUCGGAUACAACAUUGCCCUUAUGUUGGCGAGCUAAUUUUCCUAUCAGAUCGGUUAUGGAUGUAAAGAAGUUCUUCAAGACCUUAACCUUUCAAUUUGGGACCAAAUGGUUGGUUAUCUCCACAAAGUUUCGGAUACCUCCAGAGGGUUACUUGAUGAUUAGCGACAAAGGCAAUGUGUGCUUGGGUAUUCUUGAAGGAAGCAAAGUUCAUGAUGGAUCCACAAUUAUUCUCGGAGAUAUAUCAUUGCGGGGGCAGUUGGUAGUAUAUGAUAACGUGAACAAGAAAAUUGGUUGGACGCCCUCGGACUGUGCCAAGCCAAAAAGAUCGGAUAGCCUGCAAUUCUUUGAUGGUCUGCCAUUCUUCGACGGGUAGGUCAUUAAAUUGUGGCACAAACCAGAUAUUUUACCUUCUAGUUUGGUUUUCUGCUCUGUUCUGUAAGUAUUUAUUGCUAGAGCUUUAUAGCGAGUCUUCCGUAUUAAAACAAUUUUCUCAGUACAGAAAGGCAUGCUGAAGAUUGCGGGCGCCAUGAUAUUGGUGCCCGUCCUCUGAGGGUUGGGUGUGUGUAUUGUUACAUGUCUAUAUUAACCACACAACACAGUACACGUUCAAUAUUUUUCCUUGUAAAUUUGCUUACGCUUAAAACUAUUCAAGAGUGCAUUUGGCGUGAUUUACGAUUA